AUGAUGGUGCCCUACUCCUGGACGGCCCUUGCGCUGGCCUUGUCUGCUUCUUUUAUCCCAGCCCACGCACAGCUUUACGACAAAGUCAUACGGACCGAAUAUGGCCCCGUCAAAGGCUACAGUUAUUUCAACCAGUCCACUCUUGAAGAGAACUGGGGCGUCUCCGAAAGCAACGUUGCUGCCUUCUUAAGCAUUCCAUUUGCCGCCGAUACCUCGUACACAAACCGCUGGAAACCACCCCAGCCGCGCGAGCCCUGGAACGAAACGUAUAUCGCCGAUACCUGGGGCCCAGGAUGCCCUACCAGCCACGCAACGGACUACAGCGAAGACUGCCUCACAGUCAACAUAUGGACCGGCGCCGAUUCUGCCUCCGACAAGCUUCCCGUUGUAGUAUACAACCAGGGCAGCGACGAGCCCAGCAACGACCCUGUGUAUUACGGCGGUGGUCUCGCCCGUAAAGGAGUCGUCGCUGUUACCUUCAACCGCCGCGAUGAUGUCUUUGGAUACCUUGCCCAUCCCGAGCUGAAUGCCGAGUCCGUCGAUAGAAACGGGCACAGCUCUUCCGGGAACUACGGUAUUCUGGAUUUCCUGGAACUGCUGCACUGGGUGCAGAGGAAUAUCGAGCACUUCGGCGGUGAUCCCAGCCGCGUCACUAUUGUCGGUCAGUCGUUCGGUUCGGCUCAGGUAUACCAUGCAGUCAACAGCAAGCUCUUCAAGGGUCUCUUCCACGCUGCCAUUGCGGAGAGUGGUGUGCGCUAUCCAUAUGAUACUCUCCUCGCCGGACUAGCGGACUCGUACGUGACGAUGCCCAAGGCUAUCGAGAAUGGAAUCAACUACACCGCGGCACACAACGCCUCCUCCAUUGAAGAACUGCGCCAGCUAUCUACUGAAGAGAUCCUGGUCGGCUCAGGGGAUCGAACCACCUCCGCAGACUACUGGUGGGUUACAGCCCUGUCGACCAUGUACCCUCUCAUCUACAAGCCCGUGCUAGACGGCUACGUGCUGCCCGAGAAAUACAUCGACAGUCUCCGCAACGGCCCAGCAAACGACGUCCCCUUCAUCACAGGUAACAACAAAGACGAGAGCGGCGCAGCUCUAUCAACAAAUUACUCCGCCGCAGAAUACAAAACCUACUGUACCCUGAAGUACGGCAAUCUCUCCCAGGAAUACUUCACGCUGUACCCCGGCAGAAACAUCACAGAGGCAAGCCUGGCUUGGAAUGCCGCUGCGAGGGAUACAUCGCUUGCCUCGUCGUGGGCGUUCGCGAGGGACUGGGCGAAAUCCGCAUCGAGCCCUUUCUAUACGUACUACUGGGACCAUGCGCCCCCUUCGCAGGAUCAGGGCGCGUACCAUGCGUCCGAGCUGUACUACGCCUUGGAUACUCUGUAUGCGAGCUCCAACGACCACGCCUGGACAUGGUAUGACUAUCACGUUGCGGAAAUCAUGUCCAGCUACUGGGUGAAUUUUGCGAAGACGGGGGAUCCGAAUCUCGGUGGGACUUAUCCGUUUGAGAACCUGACGCACUGGGCGCCGGUGGAUGGAGAGUCGCAGACUGUGUUUCAUGUUGGUCAGGGCUUUGGUGAUGUUCCGUUGGCGAAGCCCAGGCAGGUGGAUUUGAUUUUGAAGUACUUUGCUCAGCAGACUCCGUACUAG